AUGCGCCUAGGGCUCAGAUUACCGGGAGCCCUCUGUCUACGAACUCUUCCUGCGCGCCAAAGACCUGGCUCGAAAGUUCUCUGCCCUCUUGCGAACCGCUUUAACCAUACCAAACGGACGGCUGUUUUGUCUAUGAGUGACCUCUUUAGCAAAGCUGAGAGACCAAACAAACGGAGACGCAUCGUGAACUCGGCUGUACCCGACAGUGCAAUGGCACAGGGGACUGGAGGGCAGACACCGCGGGUGCACCUAAGCUCAGAAGAAGCACUCCUACGGAGACUACUGCUUGACACUGUUGAGCAUAUAUGUCUCAGACAGAAGAAUAAAGUCAAUGGCCCAGAUCUUGUUCUCCGUUUUACUGGAGGAUGGGUUCGUGAUAAACUCUUGGGCGUUGACAGUCAAGAUAUUGAUGUAGGGAUCAGCACCAUGACUGGUUACGAUUUUGGUCUUGCAUUGAAGGAAUAUCUUGAUAUCCCCGAAAAACUCGAGAAGUACAAAGCGCACUAUCCAGUGCACGCUCUCAAGGGCAUCAUUGGCGGACUGCAUAAAAUUGCCGCAAAUCCGAAGAAAUCUAAACAUCUCGAGACAACUACCAUUCGAGUCUUCGGGUUUGACGUGGAUUUGGUGAACUUGAGGAAAGAAACCUAUACCGAUGACAGCCGGAACCCCCAAGUUGAGUUUGGAACCGCGGAAGAGGAUGCCCUUCGCCGCGAUGCCACCGUGAAUGCAUUGUUUUACAACUUACAUACUGACGAAGUAGAAGACUUCACCGGCAGAGGGCUGAGUGACAUGGAAUCAAAACUGAUUCGCACACCACUGGCGCCCUAUCAAACUUUCAAAGAUGACCCAUUGAGAGUCCUGAGGUUAAUUCGGUUUGCCAGUAGACUUGGAUACACCAUCGAUCCCGAUACAGAGACGUCGAUGUAUAACGAUGACAUCAAACAUUCCCUCAAAUUAAAAAUAAGUCAAGAGAGGAUUGGCAUCGAGAUUGAGAAGAUGCUCCGCGGUCCUGACCCACUAGGCUCAUUAGAAAUUAUAAAUCGGCUAGGUUUAUAUGACACUAUCUUUUCGGACCAUCAGAGUGAGGCAACUGUUGAUACAUCUCCAUGGCCGGUUGUCUAUACGUUACUCAACAGCAUCUUAAAUGAUGAAUUGAACUCUGGAAUAUCACAUGAGCUACGAAAGUCUGUCAAAGGCUUCCUCGUCCGUGAUAAAGAUGAAAAGUACCGAUCAUGGAUGAUUGCUGCACUUUCCCCUUGGGCAAUGGUCGAUGUUAAAAAUCCCUUAACCGAAGAUGAGGUUAAGAAAAUGGCACCACACCCAGCAAGGGUUGCCCGGGAUAGUCUAAGAUGCGAAAAGAAAUUGACAACCUUGCUAAGCGUCGCAAUCACCCACUACGGACUUAUCUCUGACGUGAAGACAGCCUUUGUCAAUGGGGAGCUUAAUACUUGUCUGGCUGAUACCCGCUGGAAACUUGCAAAACUUAUCCGAACUUUAGGGGCUGACUGGAGACUCUGUUUUAUCCAGGCAAUGCUCUUGGAUGUCAUGCAAGGGAAAGCUGCUGAACUUGUAUUGAAAGAUUACCUUAAGAUGCUGCAGUUUCUCGAAGAACAGAAUCUCCUUGAUGUAUAUAACCUCCGGCCUCUUGUGAACGGACGUGAUAUGAUAGCAGCCUUGAAUGCGAAGCCAGGAGCAUGGCUAACUUCCGCCCUGGAAAUUACCGUGGAAUGGCAAAUUCGGAAUCCAGAUCGGUCAGAUGCAGAGGGCGCAAUAGACGAAGCUAUUCGGAGGAGAGAAGAGUUCAAACAAUAG